AUAUGUGAUCACAACAAGAUAAAUUGUUAAAACAAAUGUUUACACCCCAGGGAAAAUAUGAAAUGUUUCCUUCACUAAAAAAAGGAUAGGAAGUGAAAAGGUCUGGGCUAAUUUCGGGUUUUAUGCGUUAUUUGUUCUGAAGGCAGUUGAAGAUCACGUGGUCACAUCCUAUGUUGAACGGAAGAAGUGGCAGCAACACCUCGCAGACUUCUACCAGUACUGGAGUGACAACUCUCAACACCGAUCCUUGCUGCUGCCAGACCUACUCCGGAACAUUGGUCUGAAAGACAGGAUGGCCAAGUUUAUGACAACUGAUAAAGACUCUUGGGCUGUGAGCCCCUUCCAGAGGAGCAGCUAUCUCCAGUGGUGUCGGUGCACACGUCUGACUGGUGGAACCUGGUCCAGCAAGCCUGUCAUGAUCUGCACCUUCUGUAAACACAAGCAACAGUGCUUCAACCCCGCCAACAGGUGGCAGGCUCAGGCCUCGUGUGUGAUCUGCGGAACCCACGUCUUCAGCCACAUGACGGCCACCGCUAGUCUGUGUACAUUCCACGGUGUAGGUACUCCUACCAGUGCCAAGUGUGUCGUCUGCAACAGGCACAUGAAUCUCAAUGUUAAAAUUUCUGGGGACGUGCAGGGACGUCUGUGUGGUCAGUGUGGAUUUGGUAACUAUGGGAAGAUGUGUUGCCAUGUUGGUCAGUAGGAAAUAAGGGAGUACUGCACUUUACCGGGCGCACUUUUUCAGAUUAAUUAGCGCUGCUGGGGCUCGAACGCGCUUCGCCGGAUUACUGACUUCGUUAAUUAGUGACGUAAUUGGCGGAC